AGAUGACAAUGCUUUCUUCCCUUUGCAGUUCAUCAUUUUUUCCCAUCAUUGAUUAAAGUAGGAUUCACUAGAUCUCCACAUUGUAAAGCACAAUGGAGUUUGCGACAGCCCUGGCAGACCUCCAAGAGGAGUCUAGCUGCCCCAUCUGUCUGGACUACUUGAAAGACCCAGUGACCAUCAACUGUGGGCACAACUUCUGUCACUCCUGCCUCAGUAUAUCCUGGAAGGAUCUAGAUGAUACUUUCCCCUGUCCUGUCUGCCAUUUUUGCUGUCCACACAGGAAUUUCAGGAGAAACCCCCAGCUCUGUAAUUUGACUGAAAUUGCUAAGCUACUCCAGGUCAGAAGAAGCAAGAGGAAGAGGCAUGAAGAGAGUGCUGUGUGUGAGAAGCACAAUAAGUUUCUGACCCUUUUCUGUGUGAAGGACCUCGAGGUUUUAUGUACACAGUGCAGUUUAGCCACUAAACACCAGAAUCACUACAUUUGCGCCAUUAAGAAAGCUGCCUGUUAUCACAGAAAAAUUCUAGAACAUAGCAUUGAGCCCUUGAAGCAUAAUAUGGAACGAGUUGAAAAAGUGAUAACUCUACAGGGCAGCAAAUUAGUAGAGCUGAAAAAGAAAGUAGAAUAUAGGAGAGAAGAAAUAAAUUCUGAAUUUGAGCAAACCAGACUCUUUUUACAGAAUGAGCAAAAGGCUAUUCUUAGGCAGAUACAAGAAGAAGAGCUGGACAUUUUAGCAAAAAUAAAUGAAAACCUUGUAACAUUCUCAGAUGAUGUUUCCACAUUAAAACAUCUCCUAAGGGAGAUAGAGGGCAAAUGUGUGAAGUCAGACCUGGAAUUACUCCGGCAUGUUAAGCGUAUCCACCACAGGUAUCAAAAUCUAAAAUACCCUGAACUCUCUUCAUUCAGGUUAACAAAAUAUGGUUUCAGUCUUCCACCACAAUAUUCUGGCUUGGACAAAAUUAUCAAGCCAUUUCAAGUAGAUGUGAUUCUAGAUCUUGACACAGCACAUCCUCAACUUAUGGUUUCUGAAGAUAGAAAAACUGUGCGAUAUGGAAGAACGAAACAAACCAUGUGUUAUAACAGAAGGAGAUUUUAUGUCUGCCCUGCUAUCUUGGGUUCUCAGAGAUUUACUUCUGGCAGACAUUACUGGGAGGUAGAAGUGGGAAACAAGCCUAAGUGGAUAUUGGGCGUGUGUCAAGACUGUCUUCCUAGGAACUGGCAGAAUCAGCCAUCAGUUCUCGGUGGAUUCUGGGCAAUCGGGAAAUACAUUGAAAGUGGUUAUGUUGCAUCAGGUCCUAAGAGAACCCAGCUUCUGCCAGGAGUGAGACCCAGCAAGAUUGGCAUUUUUCUGGACUAUGAAUUGGGUGAGGUUUCCUUCUAUAAUAUGAAUGAUAGAUCUGUUCUCUAUACUUUUCAUGAUCCUUUUACAGAUGCCAUUUGGCCUUAUUUCUAUAUUGGAACAGAUUCUGAACCUCUUAAAAUCUGUUCAGUAUCAGAUUAUGAAAGAUAA